AUGCUAAAGAGUGAGAGUGAGAUUGCACGACACCUGUUUAGAUGGACGAAAGAAAUGUCAUAUGCAGAUUAUUACGAGCGAGCGCUGACCAAUGGUGUGCUGGGCAUACAAAGGGGAAGGGAUCAUGGAGUGAUGCUCUACUUGAUGCCACUAUGCCCUGGAUGUUCUAAGGUCAAAAGCAGCCGUGGAUGGGGAAGAAAGUUCGAUGAUUUAUUUUGCUGUCAGGGGACUGGAAUCGAGUCGUUCUCAAAGUUGGCAGAUUCGAUAUACUUUGAAGAAGAGGGGAAAGCUCCAGUGCUUUACAUCAUCCAGUACAUAUCUAGCUCACUUAACUGGAAAUCUGGGAAGAUUUUUAUAUCUCAGACAGUCAAACCUGUUGCUUCAUGGGAUUCUCAUCUUCAAGUGACAUUCACAAUUUCCUCAAACGAGAAAGUUGCAAGCCAAUCAUCUACUUUAAAUCUGCGAAUUCCAAGUUGGUCACAGGCAAAUGGUGUCAAGGCAACUUUAAAUGGCCAGGGUUUGGCUCAACCAACUCCAGGUAAAUUUCUCACUGUCACUAGACAAUGGAACUCUGGUGACAAAAUUGUUCUUGAAUUACCCCUCAGUCUUAGAACCGAGGCCAUUAAAGAUUCUCGGCCUCAAUAUGCCCCCAUUCAGGCAAUUUUUUAUGGCCCCACCCUUCUAGCUGCUAUGACAAGCAAAGACUGGAAACUCAAAUCAGGAAAAGCUAAGUCCCUCUCGGAGUGGAUCACUCCGAUUCCACAGGCACACCAUUCUAAUUUGAUUACCCUCUCCCAAGGUUCUGGGAAUUCAACAUAUGCACUAUCACACAUAAACCGAAAUAUAAAAAUGACAAUGUUUCCUUUGCCCCGCACUGAUUGGUCUGUAAGGGCCACUUUUAGACUCAUCUUAAAGGACUCAGCUGCUUCCCCGAAACAGGUUGCACCAAAAGAUGCUAUCGGGAAAAUGGUGAUGCUAGAACCAUUUGAAUUCCCAGGUAGUGUUGUGGUGCACCAAGGAGUUGAUGGAAACCUUAUAGUUGGAGUUCUCGGCUCUCAAAAUGCUAUUUUCCAAUUGGUUCCGGGAUUGAAUGGGAAGCCCAGAACAGUUUCACUAGAGUCCGGUAGCCAGAAGGGUUGCUUUGUGCAUUGUGGGGUUAAUGGGGCAAAAUAUAGCGCCGUUAGAACCAUCAAGCUCCGCUGCCAAUCUGCUGGGGCACCACCAGAUGCUGGAUUCAAGGAGGCAGUCAGCUUUGCAUUGAAUAACGGAGUUAGUUCGUAUCAUCCUAUCAGUUUUGUGGCGAAAGGGGCCAGAAGGAAUUUUCUUCUUACUCCAUUUAAUAACUUCAUGGAUGAAUCUUAUACAGUAUACUUCAACAUCACAUCCUGAAAACUUCAACAACGGUCGAAACAAUAGCACACCAACAAUUUUCUGUCGUUCUGGUUCUGUAAGGUGUUAAAGUGGCAAUUUUGCUUUAUAAUGCCUAUUAAAUUCAUCAUGUACAUUGGCUAAGUUGUACACCUCUUGAAUCCUUGUUUGAUAGCUUGUCUCUCUUU